AGAAAAGCAUCUGCUUAGAUGCGAAAUACAUCGAAUUAUAAGUAACGAGCAUGGCGAACCCGGAAAUCUCGCGACGUUUGCGCAUGCGUAAAUAUGCGUUACACAACUUGUUUAGUAACACGCAUGUUGUGAAAGCGUCCAGGUUAGCGCUAUACUGCUAUACCUGCAGCUCCGCAGCUUAUGUAUUUGCAGUGUAAAACUGCUGCGUGACUAGUUUAUCAGCGGUGAGGUCUAUUUCUUGGUUUGGGACAGCUUCAUUUGUUCCAACAAAAAUGCCCGAGGGACCAGAGCUCCACCUUGCCAGCCUUUAUGUGAACAGAAUGUGCAAUGGAGUGAUUUUUACUGGACCGAUCAGAAAAUCUGAAGUCAGCAAGAAUCCUGAUGUGUCCUUCACCUGUGAGGCCUACUGCAUCACGGCCAUUUCCAGAGGGAAGGAAGUGAAGCUCACACUGACGCCCAUGAAGAGUGAUGAUCGAAAACAGAGAGUGAAGGCCGGACAGGCAGACCAGCCCAUGGACAUAGUGUUUCGCUUCGGGAUGUCGGGUUAUUUCCGCUUCACCACAGAGGAUGAGGUGCCCAAACAUGCUCACCUGCGUUUUUAUACUAAAGAGAAGCCCUGCAGAGUGCUGAGCUUUGUGGAUACACGCAGGUUUGGUAGCUGGCAGCCCAGUGGGACGUGGCAGCCUGGCAGAGGGCCUUGCAUCAUGUCUGAGUACAAAAGCUUCAGGGAGAACGUAGUGUCGCACCUGUCCGACCGCGCCUUUGACAGGCCCAUCUGUGAAGUUCUGCUCAAUCAGAAGUACUUCAAUGGCAUCGGGAACUACCUGAGGGCUGAAAUUCUUUUCAGGUUGAACAUUCCACCAUUCAUUCCUGCCAGGACUGUGCUGGAAGGCCUUAAGUCAGAAGAUUUUUGUGAAAAUGAGAAGCCUGUGAUUAAUGAGAUCAUAGAGCCAAAGAUCUCACACGGAAUUAAACAGAAGAGGGUGAAAGAGGAGGCAGUUGACCUGCUCAGACUGUGUCAUACAGUGCCUCUGGAGGUGGUAAGCCUUGGUGGAAAGGGUUAUGAUCCUGAGAAGGCAGACUACACUGCCUUUGAGUCAUGGCUGCAGUGUUAUUACGUUGAUGGGAUGAAAUCUCUUCGGGACCACAAUGGCAGAACUAUGUGGUUCAAAGGAGAUCCAGGCCCCAUGGCACCAAAAAAUUCAAAGUCACCCAAGGCGAAAAAGAGGGCAAAGAAAGAGGAUGACCAUGAUUACACAGACAAGAAAAAGGUGGCCAGGAUUCGAACUGCAAGCACAACAAAGAAAAAGGCUGACAAGCAGGAAACUGUAACCAAAACACCAAAGAAGGAAAAGGAUGCACGUGUGAAGGAGGCCGGAUCAAAGAGAGGAAAGAUGGAAGUCAAAACACCUCAGCAAGAAAAGAGAUCAGCUGCACGUAGGAGGAAGAGCAGCAGCGCCGAGCCGACGGCCGCAGGUCCACAGAGACGGAGCAGGAGAUUGAGCAGACAGAAUGGCAAAUAAAAACAAAAUUGAGGAACCACUGUAUAGGACUGUUUUUAUGUUUUUAUACUAUUAAAUAUUUUUUAUAAAAUAAAACAUGUUGCUGCAAA